AUGAUCCAUUGGAACAUCUGCAAAAACAUCGGCGCCCCAGUAAAGAAAAACUGGUACAACCACUACCCAGGGAAGGUGGUUGAAAACGAUAGGGGAAAAAUACUUUGGGACUUCCGAAUCCAGACUGACAGACGAAUUGAACACAAUACGCCGGACAUCGUGGUGAUAAUCCAAGAAACCAUCAAUAUAAUAGACAUAGCCAUCCCUGGAGACCCCCGAGUGAGAGAUAAGGAGAUCGAAAAAAUCAAUAAAUACCAGGAGCUAGGAAGAGAAAUGACCCGCCUAUGGAGAAAACCAUUCUCAGUCAUCCCAAUUGUCAUAGGAGCCAUGGGAGCCAUCACGUCGAAUUUGGGGAAACACCUUAUUGACCUCGAGAUCAUGGAGUUAAGCACCGCCCAGUUCCAGAAAACAGCGAUCUUUAGGACAGCGCAAAUAUUACGCAAACACUUGCGGAGUUUUAGGCCUCUGGUUGAGACCCGAACCUGA